UGACAGGAGUGACCCAAUCAGAAUUAACGUCGUGUCUUUCCCAAGAAUACUGCACUUCCGCUACUAAAUAUAACAAUAUUUCACGAUUCACCUGUCAGAAUACCGAAAAGGAAAUUGAGACUGAGAGGAGAUCCUGACAAUGAAGUGCGAGAAUCUUGUCUUGCUGACAGCUCUGUGUGGCAUUUGGACAGUGAACAUUUCCCUAGCCAAGAAAGACUUUUACGAGAUUCUGGGUGUGAAGAAAAAUGCCACUGAGAAGCAAAUCAAGCGAGCUUUUAGGAAGCUUGCCGUACAAUAUCAUCCUGACAAAAACAAGGAGAAAGAUGCCCAGGCCAAAUUUCUAGAAAUAGCAAAAGCCUAUGAAACCCUAAGUGACUCUGAGAAGAGAAAGCAUUAUGAUAGAUUUGGUGAUGAAUCGGACAAUGCACAGGGAGGAGGAGGAGGAGGUGGUGGCCAUCCAUUCACCUUCAACAUGAAUGACUUUUUCCGUGGAUUUGACGAAGCAUCCAGUGCACACCAACAGGGACAUCAUCAGCACCAGGAGGGAUUCACGUUCCACUUUGGAGGAGGCAAUGGUGGCAGAGACAACUCCAGAUUUUUUAAUUUUGACGAUUUAUUCGAAGACGAUGAUGAUGAGGAUGAUGGCUUCUUUUCCUUUGGAGACAGUCAUUUCGGCCAUCAUGAAAUGAGAUUCCCUUUUGAUGAUGAGGAGGAUAUCUUUGGACACACAGGUCACAAUCAUUAUGACAGAGCCCAUAACCACAAUCACCAUGCCCACCACACCCACCACAGAAACCUGCACAAUAACAUUCACCAAAACAUGCAUGGCAAUUUUGGUAAAAUGCGAAUGCAAUCCUCUGGCUUUCACAGUUCAGGAGGAAGAACUUGUAGAACGGUGACACAAAGGAUCGGAAACAUGGUAACUACCCACACAGAGUGUUCAUAAACCGAUCCUCAGCGAUCGUCUCCCUUUUCUGUGAUAUUGUGCUUGACCAUGUGGUGCUUGGAUCAUUCAUGAGCAGGUGAUUAUUAUUAUGACACAGUGUUUCACACAGAUCCAAGACUUGGUAUAGAGGUGGAUCGUGUGAGGUGGCUGCCAUUGUCUGAUCUUCCGACUCAAGAAUAAUUUUGAUUAAUUUUUAUUAUGUUGACACAAGGAAGUUCAACGUAAACGUUAAUGCAUGAGUGUUGUUUUAAGGAAUUGACUAUAAUUGUAAAAUUGACACAUAGCAUAAAUCAACACACAGAUAUCUUAGUGUAUUUUUGUUUGAUUUUUAGCCAUUCUAAUAGAAAUAGUGAAAUUUGAAUUGUGAGUGAUUUUUUCACUUGUUGAUAUUUUUGUAAGAAUUUUAAAUAGUGCAUUGAGCAGAUAAUGCUCUUGCUGUUGAACACUAACAAUUCUCUCAACAUUUUUCAUGUAUACUGUACAUUUCAAAUGAAGAUUACAAAUGCACAAGAACUUUGUAAUUUGACAUUGUGUUAAAUAUGAUAUUUGACUGAUUAAUGUACAUGUUUAUAAAUGUAACACAACCUUAAUGACUGAAAUGAUUACAAUAUUCUAGUCAAUACUUUUAAUAUUUAAAGUAAAUAUCAUUCAUAUAUAUAUAUAUACAUUUAACAUCACAAGACAUAAGGCUGUAAAGUCCAGCUACAUUAACAAUUACAUUUAUUUACAUUAAACUACAAAACUGAUCAAGGAGAUCUUAUUAAGACUUGGUUAACUUUGCUGUUGAAACUGAUUUCAUUUGUAACAAGUAUUUCAGCGUCAUCUGUGUAUUGUUUUUCUUGAUUAUGAGCAUAGGUUAUUGUGUAUUGAUGCUUUAAUUUGAAACCAAACAGGUUCAUGUUGAUGUUAUCAAGUCUAACAUAACAAAGCAAAUCUCUCAAGCAUAAUGAUAAUAUAAUAUAGCAUACAAUAAACUGAAGAUUGUCCAUGCAGUCUUCAAUUUUCUAUGUAUAAGUAGAAUUAACUGAAGAUGGCUUGUCUAGCAGUCUUCACUUUAUAUACAUAGAAUUAACUGAAGAUGGCCUGUGAGCUGUUUUUUGUUUUCUUAAUAUACAUUCUGUAACAUUUUUUUUUAAUAUUUUAGCAGGCUAUAUGUAUAAAUCCCCAUGCACUGUUCUGUACUAAUGUUUUGUAUACAAGUGUGUGUUUUGUUUCCUGUUUGAAUAGAAAUUAUAUCUGAUUUCCACUAUUGAUUCAGGGAUUUGCUUUGUAAAUGUUAAAUGGCAUAAAAGAUGCACAAAAACCAACCCAUGUUAAUGAUAUAUUUGUGGAGAUGUAACUGAGGAAUUUGGCAUGGAUGACGGUUUAGGCCACAAUAAGUCAUUGUAUUGACAAGCUUUAACCAAAUCUACAAGUGUCACUCAAGACUUGGAAAAUCCCUAGAAGCAUUUCCUCUCUUCCCCCAAAAUUUAUUUUCUUAUAUAUUUAUUGUAAAUUACGAAACGGUGUCGAAUUUUGUGCGUCUUUGAUGCAGAACAUGAGGUGAACAAGUGAGUUGUUAUUCGUUAUUACUUUGUUGACUAAAAUGCCCAUUGUCUUUCAAUUAUGGGAAAUAAAGUUUGUGCUCAACAAGUUCA